CUGUCACCCCUUCUAGUCGCACCCCGUCGGUCUCCCGUUACAGUGUCCACUUCAGGUGUCACCUUCGGCCGAUUUCUGGAUUCUGGACGCCGGCCAAGACGGACAAGGAAGAAAGGGAAGAACACUCAGCCCGACCCCCAAGUCCUGCAGCUUUUGAGACUCUGAUGAAGUGCGCCUCCUGGAGCCUCGGGAGGACCACAACUCCCUGGACUCGCUAGCGAUUACUCAGCGCUCGGAAGAGAGAAGGAUCCUGAGCAGCCGACCCGGGACCGGAGCUAGUCUGGGAUGGGCUUCCAGGGCUUCCGCCCUUACAGGCUCGCGCGCAACGUCAUCUUCUCGCGCCGAGUCUGCGCCUGGCGUUCGACUCAUUCCCGGCGCGCUCCCGGGAGGCGGGAAAGAGCAUGGCGGCUUCUAACCCCUGGGACCCGGCGACGAAGCCCAACGCCGUUGGGCUGUUGCUGGGCCACCUUGUGGCCUCAGGGAUUGUCACUCAGGAGAUGUUAAACAUAUCGAAGGAAACAGCUCCUUGCUUUGUUAACUUCUCCAGACUACGACAGACCACAAAUAUGCAAGCUGAAAUCUACCAGAAAAACUUGGAAAUUGAACUUCUGGAGCUAGAAAAAGAAACAGCAGAUGUUGUUCAUCCUUCCCAUUUGGCUCAGAAGUGUCAUACCCUGCAAAGCAUGAAUUCUCAUCUGGAAGCAGUGUUAAAAAAGAAGAGGUCCCUCAGGCAAAGGUUAUUGAAGCCCAUGUGCCAGGAAAACUUGCCUAUGGAAGCUGUUUACCACAGAUACAUAGUACAGUUGCUACAGUUGGCUGUGACUUUCAUUGAAAAGUUGGAAACCCAUCUUGAAACAGUUAGAAAUAUCCCUCAUUUAGAUGAAAAUCUAAAGAGAAUGAGCAAGGCUUUAGCCAAGAUGGAUAUUUUGGUGAAUGAGACAGAGGAACUGGCAGAGAAUAUACUCAAAUGGCAAGAACAACAAAAGGAAGUUUCUUCUUGGAUCCCCAAAAUGUCAGAUGAAGAAAAUUAUGCUCUUAAACAUGACAAUAUUAUACCUUCUCUACCUGUCACUUCUAAAGUUCACAUUUAACUAUUAAUGCCAGGCCUGGGUAGAGUUCAGCAGCGUGGCAUCAGCCUGGCAAGCACGAAGUCUUGAGUUCUGUUCCUAGUUCCAAAACAACAACAACCUAUUAAUGUCUAAGGCUCAUCAUCUUUAUUUUUACUUAACUAUGUAUGUAUAUAUAAAGUCCAUUCUUGGGGAGUUUUCACAUGGGUAUGUAGACUUAGCUGCUACCAGUGCUAAAAGGGCCCUGUUUCUAUUGGACUACCAAGAUUCCAGGGUUCAUUGGGACCAAACUUAUUUUUUCCUUUUCUUUAUGUAUUCUUAAUCUAUUUUUCAGAAAGCUAAUACAAACAAAAUAUAGCUAUAUUGUA